AUGAUUAAUGAAUUUUGCUUUCGACCUUUUUGCAGCAAACCAGCCAAAAAUAAGUGCAAAUGCAUAUGGAGUCAAGGAUUUUGCGAAGAUCAUGAUGCAAAGCAUAUGCAUUUCCCAGAUAAUGAGUAUUCUAUUGAAGAAAUCCCUGACCCUAACAAUCCAAUUGAAGGCAAUAAAUUUCCUGAGGAUACUUUAGAAGUUUUCAAUAAUAAACCAAAUCCAGUAGUUGAAGCAAUUCUUUCUCAAGUCCACACAAAUAUAUUGGCUCUCCAAAAUAUAAAAAUAAAUUUCUUCUCAGCAGACCAUCGUUCAAGCUAUUUUGCAGGAUUGAUAAAAUAUGGGCUAUCUAAAAUUGCCGAGCUCAACACAGUUUUGAAUCAGCUUAAAACUAAUGUAAAAUAUUCUGCUUCAAUAGAUAAUUUUUCUUUAUCACUAUUAGAGAUCAUGAUCAUUACAGACAACGCUGAAAUGGAAAUUAAAUUCCUUGAAAAAUUAAAAGAAGUUUUACUAUUAGAAAGCGAAGUUAAGAGUCAUUGGCUUGAAAAGUUAUUCGCAAGCCCAGAAACAAUUUUAAAGAAUUAA